AGUUUUGCUGGGAACUGGGAUCGAGCCCGUCCGCUCCCUCAUUUUCCUCCUCGGGAUUUGCGGGAGUACCAGCAGCAAGCCAGCAAGCAGUCGUCGUCGCCAAUAGGCCAUAGCCGAGAGGCAGAUCGAACGGGCGAGGGCGGGGGCGGAUGAGAGCUCCGGCAGCGCUGGCGAUGAGGCCAUCCUCGUACUCAUUUUUCUCGUCCUCCUCCUCUUAUUAUUAUCCGCUGGCCUCUCUCUUUCACCUCUACCCCGCCAGACAAUCCUCUUCUGCUGCUGCUGCUGCUCCUUCCCUAAGAUUAGCAGCAUCCCCUUCCUCCUCCUCCUCGUCCUCCUUCUCCUCCUCCUCGUUUCGAGGGAGGAGGGUUCUUCUCCCAUCUCCCCCUCCCUUUCUGGUGAGGCGCCUCUGCAGCGUAAGGGCCACGCAAGUCUCCGACUCGGGCUCCAUCAACUCCCCCAUGAUGCAGGCCAUGGAGAAUAAGAUCAAGGAGCAAUUGGAAGCUGAUGUUGUUAUUGUCAAGGAUGCUUAUGGUGAUGGUCGACAUGUCAGCAUUGACGUAGUUUCAAAAGCUUUUGAGGGACAAUCUGCAGUAAACAGGCAGAGAAUGGUCUACAAAGCUAUAUGGGAAGAGCUUCAGAGCACGGUGCAUGCUGUUGACCAGAUGACCACCAAAACACCUGCUGAAGCUGCUGCUGAUAAUUAAUUUGUUCCAUGUAGUAGGAAUGCAACUACAUCCUGGGUAAUAGUUUCUUGUUCUGUUUCGAAGCUCCCUUCGUUUCAUACUUUUGUUAUUUAUAUAUUCUGUAACAAAUUGCCAGAGCACUUUGAAUUGUAUGCUUUAUGUCCUUACUAAGAUCAACUUGAAAAACUUUCAGUUUGUUAGCAAUCUUAUAUUUUGUUUCCUUUAAAAUAUUUCUACUGGAUUUUAUUCA